AUUAACAGCCAAGAAGAUUCCUUUAUUGGUAGAGCCAAGAAUAAUAGAUCCAAGAUCCUGAACCCGAAAAAGGAAAAUAAAAAGUUAAAUAUUACAUGGAGGAUUCAACUGAAAAGAACAGGAAACCAGAGAUGAUUCCCAAGAGGGUUGCUUCCUAUUUGCCUAUCAUCUUCAAGUCUCUCCUUCAAAUUCCGAUGAGCAUCUCAAGAUUUUUGAGGUUUCAACUUUUUAGACAGCAACCACAUGAUUCUUCCUCCGCUUCCACCGUCGCACCGGACCCCAAAAUUCUCAUGGCGGCCAAUAUCCAAGCUACUCCUCAAACUUCAAGGGGUAUCACUUUAAGGAAGGAUAGAAGGAAAAGGGAUUCGCACAUAAAACCAUGCAGAAGUAAUGGAGGAGGUGGCCAAACCAACUCACUCAAAUGCGACCGUAUUGAUCCUCCUCGCUUCGUCCUUUAAAUGAUCAUCAUAAUAAUGGUCCUUAAAAUCCCACUUCACAUAAUUUACUAGUUCUGUUGUAUACAUGCAUUUGGAUGUUCUCUCUCUCUCUUUUUAUAUGUUUUAUAAAUAACCUUUAAAUUGAAUGACUAUUUUGAAGUGAUUAUAUAUGUGCUGUGAUGUGUUUUUAAGAAACUACUUGUGUUAUAUGUGUGCAUUUUGGUUAUAUUAGGCUAGGCUAGCUAUGAUGUGAAUUUGAGAUAACUAUUGCACGAAUAAAGCAGGUUUACUAUGUCAA